AAGCUGGUCUCAAAUUCCCGACCUUGCGAUGUGCCUGCUUCCGCCUCCCAAAGCGUGAGCCACCGCAACCAGCCACUUUCACCUCCUCCAAGCCCACUCAGCCUUUGGUUUGCCCUCUGCACAGUGCAGAUUGUACUUGACCUUGGUUCAUCCCCGGUCAGCUCCUGGGGCUCUGAGAUCUUGCUGUGCGCAUUCUUGGCUCUCCCAUUGUUCAGGGGACACUGCCUGGCUCCCAGGGGGUCCUCAGUAAAUGCUUGUGGUGUGACUAUAGAGGGAUGCAUUUUGAUCUGGGACAAGCGGGGGAACAGAUACCUGUCUGAAGAUGUUAUGAAUCAUUUGUGGGCACCAUGUGGUGCCAGACUCUGGCCCCUGUUCUGAGAACCGGACGGGGAAGACCUGGGCGCUCAGGUUGGGUCUGACUGUGGUAGGUGGUAUUUGGCCCACCCUACCCUUCCUCCUCAGCAGUGGGUUGGUAGGGAGAAAAGACAAGGCUGGGGAAACUACAGACCCAUUACUGGGAAUGGAAGGAUGACACUGUCACCCUGGAAAGCAGGUGUAGUCCAUGGGCUAGGGCAGGUUGGAAGCCUCGUCUUGCUUUCUGUUUGGGGUUAGAGGUGCUCUAGAUGUUUCAACCUGCCCUCCCUUUCCUCCUUCUCUCCCGUGGCCUUUUCCUCCUCCCCUACAGAAUUGGGAGGGAGGGGUGCUGGCAGUGUUGUAAGGGGAGAGCCUGGGUACUGUGGGCCGGAGGACCUCCCCAUGGCCUGGGGACCUCAGGCAGAGGUCAGGAGGGGGAGGAAUCCCAUUGCCCACCCUCUGGGGUCCUCCUCCUCUUUGCCCCUCCUAGCUCCCAUCAUCUCCUUCUCUUUUAUCAGACCUCAUCUCAGUCUGAGGGGCAGUCCAAUAGCUAGUGAAGACAUGCUCUUGCCUUCACUCUGGGGUGUGGUUGAAAAGAAAGAGCUCUGGAGGGGGUGGAAGAAGAGAAGGGGAGAUGUGGGUCGGGGGCCCUGGCUGAGGGGGGCUUUGGCUCAGUGGGGUUGGGGGAGAGGCCGGGGUGUGGGGUGAGGCACACAGUUGGUUUCCACCCUGGAAGGAGAGGUCAGCUGCCCAGUGCUGCCUUGGACUAGGAACCAGGGUCUGGGGCUAGCUCUUAUGUGUGCGUCCUCAUGGAACUUCUCCUGAUAAUGGUACGUUGCAGAUGUGCGUAUCCAGCACUGUUAUAAAUCUUUUACAGGUUAACUUGUUUUAAGCCUGCUGAUAACCCUGUGAUUGUUAAUUUUAGAGAUGUCAUCAUUUUUACAGAUGAGGAGCAUGAGGUACAAAGAGAUUACAUAAUUCACCCAAGGUGACAAGAAGUGGAGCUAGGAUUUGAACCCAGACAGUCUGGGAUCCUGCAUCCGCUCUACUUUAAGUUGGGCCUUCCCAUUUGGGGACUGGAGUCCCAUCCCAGAAGAUUUCUAAGAGUCCCCAUUGCUCUGAUUACAAGGCUGGGCUGCCUGAUUCAGGGGCAUGGAGCCCCUGCCUUUUAGGGACCUCCGAGGCUUUAGGGCCCUAACUGGAGCCCCUAAAGGAGAGAGGGGUAUUCCACUCUGUCCUCAUGAUAGCUCUCUUCCUGUGCCUGCAACAUGCCCUUUUGGACCGUCAAAGGCCGAGAGCCGGGAGGGGUAUGAGGCAGAGGGGCUAGGUGCUGAUGUGUCUGUAUGGCUCUGAAAUACUGUCAUCAGCUCCUGGCCAUGCCCUAUACCCCUGGAAGCAGGUUGCCUGGGGCUUGGGCCCCAGGCUCUGAUGCCUAACCCAGGGAGGUCUUUGGGCUGGCUUGUUCUCCUCUUGUGGCCUGGGUCCUGUCACUGCUCCCAUUCCUGUGUGUCCUGACCACUGCUGUCUCCAGGGAAUGUGCUUGCUACUCACAUCCACUCUCCCUCUGUAGGCCUCCACCAUGGACAGAGGCCAGGCCCUGCCCCUCCCAGGCAGCCUGGCUCUUGCUGGGCCCUGCAGGCAGAAGGGAUAAUGUGUGUUGGCCAAGGCCUGUUGGUCCAUCCAGAGUGAAGAGGAGACUGAGGCACAGAGGGGAGAAAUGACUUUUCCAGGGUCCUGCAGUAAGGAUGUAUAGAGCCAAGCUCAGAAUCUAUGCCUCCUGGAUGGCUGGCAAGCACAGGCACCUGGUCUGACGGUAGAGGACAUACCUUCUUUGUCUGAGGGUGCUUCCAGAGAAGGCCCAUGCCGAUAUGUGGGUGAGAGGUGGAGGGUGGGAAUGGGAUUUCCCUCAGGCCUUUCCUAGGGACAUGAGAUGGGGCUAAGGGUACUGGAGUCCUGGUUCUGUUCCUGAGGAAGCUGGAGCUCCACCUUGCACCCCAGACAGAGGCCAUGAGAUUCCCUUCCUCCUUCCCUGGAAGAGGGCCGUCUCUGAGCAGCAGCCCUCCCAGACCUUGAGAGAUCCCAAAAGAAGCAGGAGCUGGUUCAGUAUCUCCUUCAGCUUCCCAAACAGUUGCCUCAUGGGGCAUUCAGGGUGCAGAAAGCCCUGGAGAGGUGGCUGGGGUGGAGAGGACAGGGUGUCUGCUUGAAGCCUGGAGGGAAGGGGGACACCCUGGGAAGCAGGGCCUCCUGUUGUGGGGGCAGGGCCGGGUGUGUGCCUGGCCUCCCAAUGGCGAUGGCGGCAGGUGCCGUACCACCAAUCUCGGGCCAAAGACAGGGAGAGGAAUUACUGUAAGUGGGAGAGGCAGGUGUUCUCUGGUCAGCUGAAGAUCUGGACUUGGGAAGCACGUGAGUGAAGAUGACAGCAGUGGCCAGGUGUCCCUCCCUCAACUCGGCCCCCACAUUCACCCCCAGUCCAGACCCGGCUUCCUGAGCACCCAGCCCUCCCUCUGGGUACACAGCAGCCCUGGUGGGCAGAAUUCCCUGUGUUUACCUUGUUGUCUGGGUGAUGGUGGUGAUUGGGUGGAACUCCUAUGCCAGAUACACUGCCAAGGCCACCCUGAGGGGCUGCCAACCAGGGCCCCAUGAGUGCUAGAGCUGCUGGUCUUGUGACGUGGGCACCUGUGUGCCAGGCCCGGGCAUGGGCCCAGGGUCACGCUCACACCGGGGCUCCCAUCAGCUGACUAUUUUGGGCUCUUGCUGACCUGGGCCAAAGUCAGGCCCAGCCAAGAGGGCCCAAAGUGGCUCCCCCCAUCCCCAGAGGCCGGCUCUGGUUUCUGCUAUAAAAACAGAGGAGGACACGCCGGCUUGGAGGCAGCACCACAUCCAGAGCCCGCUCAGCUGCUGCCCGGCCUUGGCCACAAGGAUAGGCUGGCUGGGCAGCACCUCUCUCCCCGCAGGGCUCCCUGAGGCCUCCAGGAAGAGCCCCCAACCAAUCUUGGGAUUCUCCCUUCAUGCGGUUGUCUGGGACCUUCAUCCAGGGUCAAAGCAGGUCGUGAGGAGGAAGCUGAGAUGCCCUGUAUCCAAGCCCAAUAUGGAACACCAGCACCGAGUCCAGGACCCCGUGACCACCUGGCAAGUGACCCCGUGACCCCUGAGUUCAUCAAGCCCACCAUGGACCUUGCCAGCCCUGAGGCGGCUCCCACUGCCCCCACUGCCCUGCCCAGCUUCAGCACCUUCAUGGACGGCUACACAGGAGAGUUUGACACCUUCCUCUACCAGCUGCCGGGAACAGUCCAGCCAUGCUCCUCAGCCUCUUCCUCGGCCUCCUCCACAUCCUCGUCCUCAGCCACCUCCCCUGCCUCUGCCUCCUUCAAGUUCGAGGACUUCCAGGUGUACGGCUGCUACCCUGGCCCCCUGAGCGGCCCAGUGGAUGAGGCCCUGUCCUCCAGCGGCUCUGACUACUAUGGUAGCCCCUGCUCAGCCCCGUCACCAUCCACGCCCAGCUUCCAGCCGCCCCAGCUCUCUCCCUGGGAUGGCUCAUUCGGCCACUUCUCACCCAGCCAGACUUACGAAGGCUUGCGGGCAUGGACAGAGCAGCUGCCCAAAGCCUCUGGGCCCCCACAGCCUCCAGCCUUCUUUUCCUUCAGCCCUCCCACCGGUCCCAGCCCCAGCCUGGCCCAGAGCCCCCUGAAGUUGUUCCCUUCACAGGCUGCCCACCAUCUGGGGGAGGGAGAGAGCUAUUCUGUGCCGACGGCCUUCCCAUGCUUGGCACCCACUUCCCCACACCUUGAGAGCUCGGGGAUACUGGAUGCACCCAUGACUUCAGCCAAAGCCCGGAGCGGGGCCCCAGGUGGAAGUGAAGGCCGCUGUGCUGUGUGUGGGGACAACGCCUCGUGCCAGCAUUAUGGUGUCCGCACCUGCGAGGGCUGCAAGGGCUUCUUCAAGCGCACAGUGCAGAAAAACGCCAAGUACAUCUGCCUGGCCAACAAGGACUGCCCUGUGGACAAGAGGCGGCGAAACCGCUGCCAGUUCUGCCGCUUCCAGAAGUGCCUGGCUGUGGGCAUGGUGAAGGAAGUUGUCCGAACAGACAGCCUGAAGGGGCGGAGGGGCCGGCUACCUUCAAAACCCAAGCAGCCCCCGGAUGCUUCCCCUGCCAAUCUCCUCACCUCCCUGGUCCGUGCACACCUGGACUCAGGGCCCAGCACUGCCAAACUGGACUACUCCAAGUUCCAGGAGCUGGUGCUGCCCCACUUUGGGAAGGAAGACGCAGGGGAUGUGCAGCAGUUCUACGACCUGCUUUCCGGUUCCCUGGAGGUCAUCCGCAAGUGGGCAGAGAAGAUCCCUGGCUUUGCGGAGCUGUCACCGGCUGACCAGGACCUGUUGCUGGAGUCGGCCUUCCUGGAGCUCUUCAUCCUCCGCCUGGCAUACCGGUCUAAGCCAGGUGAGGGCAAGCUCAUCUUCUGCUCAGGCCUGGUGCUGCACCGGCUGCAGUGUGCCCGUGGCUUCGGCGACUGGAUUGAUAGCAUCCUGGCCUUCUCAAGGUCCCUGCACAGCUUGGUUGUCGAUGUCCCUGCCUUCGCCUGCCUGUCUGCUCUUGUCCUCAUCACUGACCGGCAUGGGCUGCAGGAGCCACGGCGGGUGGAGGAGCUGCAGAACCGCAUCGCCAGCUGCCUGAAGGAGCACGUGGCGGCUGUGGCAGGUGAACCCCAGCCAGCCAGCUGCCUGUCACGUCUGCUGGGCAAACUGCCCGAGCUGCGGACCCUGUGCACCCAGGGCCUGCAGCGCAUCUUCUACCUCAAGCUGGAGGACUUGGUGCCCCCUCCGCCUAUCAUCGACAAGAUCUUCAUGGACACGCUGCCCUUCUGACCCCCGUCUGGGAACACACGUGCACAUGUGCACUCUCAUAUGCCACCCACGUGCCUUUAGUCCACGGACCCCCAGAGCACCCCCAAGCCUGGGCUUGAGCCGCAGAGUGAAUCCCCCUUAUCACCUGCUCCAGGAGGUUUGCAGGGAGCUCAAGCCCUCGGGGAGGGGGAUGCAUUCAUGGGGGUGACCCCACGAUUUGUCUUACCCUGCAGCCUGGCCCUGGCCUUUAUGUUUUUUGUAAGAUAAACCGUUUUUAACACAUACCGCCAUGCUGUAAAUAAACCCAGUGCUGCUGUAAAUACAGGAAGAAAGAGCUUGAGGUGGAAGUGGGGUGAGGAGGUAGGGACGGGCCCCACCGGCCUGGGCAGCCUUUCCAGCCUCCUGCUGGCUCCGUCCUCCUACCCUCCUUCCACAUGUACAUAAACUGUCACUCUAGAAAGAAGACAAAUGACAGAUUCUGACAUUUAUAUUUGUGUAUUUUCCUGGAUUUAUAGUAUGUGACUUUUCUGAUUAAUAUAUUUAAUAUAUUGAAUAAAAAAUAGACAUGUAGCUGGAA